AUGGCGCCCUACUCGCCGCCAGACUCGCCGCUGUCAUCGGCAAUGGAGUCCUCGUACGAAGAAGACAUCCACGAUGAAGAGACGAUGCUGCGGCCGUCCAAACGCCAAAAGGUCGAGGCCGGCUCGACGACUUCCUCUGCCGUCAUCCCCGACCCGGAACACGAGCCUGUGUUGGAAGCCGAUGCGCUCGAGGGCAUGUCAGAUAUCUCUUCGGACACGUCAGGCGACAUCCCCAGCUCUCCCGUCAACGCAAGGCUCGAAGAGGAGGAUUUCCAGGACCAAGUGACGGUUUGCGACUGGGACGGCUGUCCCGCAGGGGACCAGGGCAACAUGGACAAGCUGGUCGAGCACAUCCACAAUUCACACAUUGAGAACCGUCAGAAGAAAUACACGUGCGAGUGGCGCAGCUGCAACCGCAAGGGAUUGCCUCAUGCCAGUGGCUACGCCUUGAAGGCUCACAUGCGAAGCCAUACGAGAGAGAAGCCGUUUUACUGCUAUCUACCAGAGUGCGACCGCUCCUUCACCAGAUCCGAUGCGCUUGCUAAACACAUGCGAACCGUCCACGAAACCGAGGCUCUUCGGCCCUCUGAUCCGGUACCGAAAUCCAUGCAAUCCGGGCCAACGGGUCGGACUGGAAAGCUCAAAAUCAUCAUCAAAACCCCCCAAUCACAAUCUGCAGGACAAGACGACGGAGACGAUGCCAACGGUGACGUUCCCCCAUCGGAAUGCUUCACAGUACUCCCGUCCGAUCUGUUCACUGAGGCAGAGCUCGACUUACCCCUUGACAAGCUAUGGCGCAAGUGCCACUGGGAAGCAAAGUGGGCCGAGGAGGUGGGAGAUGCGCUGAAGAGCGAGUGCAAGCAGUGGGAGGAGCUCUACUACAAGGAGUGGCUGGACAAGGAAGUCCUGCUGUCACACGUUAUCAAGACCGAGGUGGAUUGGAGCGAGCGGCGCCAAGCCAUCAUCUCUGGCGCUGCCGACGUGCAGCUUCGCAGCAGCGCAGAAGAAAAGGAAAAGGAUGAGGGCGUUACAAAUGGAGUAGUUAAAGAAGCCCCCGUUGCGGCUACCAGCGAGGCAUAGGAACCCAAACCUUCUUCUAGGAGAGUGGUUAGUCGUGAUGAUUGGGAUGAUUGGGAUGAUUAUCUGGGGAAGUUCGAGGCGGACGCAUGGUGACGUGCAGCUUGGGAUGCGGCUGGGAGUUAUGGAGUUUCUACAAGAAGGGCGCUGAGAUGCGCCUCGCUGGUCUUCGUUUUGCCGGUCUAUUUUCUUCUUCUUCUUUUCUGUGUGUUUAUGCUUCUAGACACUACUUUUUGUUUCACAAGUUGCUUUUCUUCUUCUUUUGAUCUCAGCUUUAGAAGUCCCUGUCAAGCUAAUUCAAUGGCCGCCGCCUCUUUGAAGUUGGUGUAGAGGUGUUUUCGUGUUUGAUCUUUUUGGGGGCUUUAUGAUGUAAGAUGGAGUAAUGGGAUUGCAAAAAAAAUCUUUCAUGAUUUGAAGAACUGGCUUGCCUACCAAAAAACGAUAAUAUGCAUAUUCAAUGAAUUAAUUCAAAUUAUUUCUUUA